GCCAUUUCCUUUCCAUGUCAGCUCACUCUGUCAUUAUUCCAUACUAAACUUCCCUUUCUUCUUCCACGCUCUCUCCCUCUCCCUUUCCAUACUCUCCCCCAACAAUCCCCUCCUCCGCUCUCUCUCUCUCGACGUAAAUCAAUGGCGUUCCGCAGGCAAAUCGUUAGGGCUACCUUGCAAAAUGCCAAUGGAAACAACUUCGCACAGCUCGCUCGUGCCGGCGGCCGUUGCUUGUCCUCCGCGUCUCCUUCCUCUUCCGCGGCCGCCGCCGAUACUCCGCCACAGCUCCCGCCGUUCGAUCACCAGCCGAAGCCCUACAAGGGUCCUUCGGCCGAGGAAGUGCUCCAGAAGCGCAAGACUUUUCUGGGUCCUUCUCUGUUCUACUACUAUCAGAAACCUUUGAAUAUAGUGGAGGGCAAGAUGCAAUAUCUGUUCGAUGAGAGCGGGAAGCGAUAUCUGGAUGCUUUUGCAGGGAUCGUGACUGUCUCUGCUGGUCACUGCCAUCCGGAGAUUUUGAAAGCGAUCGUUGAGCAGAGUGAGCUUCUGCAGCAUGCGACCACCAUAUAUUUGCACCACGCGAUCGCCGAUUUUGCCGAGGGUUUGGCCGAAAAGAUGCCUGGCAACCUUAAGGUUGUGUAUUUUGUGAAUUCUGGGUCCGAGGCAAAUGAACUGGCGAUGAUGAUGGCUAGGUUGUACACUGGUAAUCUUGAAAUGAUUUCUCUGAGGAAUGCUUAUCACGGUGGAAGUUCGAAUACUAUUGGCCUCACGGCCUUGAACACAUGGAAGUACCCCAUACCACAGGGUGAAAUCCACCAUGUCAUGAACCCUGAUCCAUACCGAGGGAUCUUUGGCUCUGAUGCAGCUGGUUAUGCCAAAGAUGUAGAAGACCACAUUGCUUACGGCACUUCAGGAAGAGUUGCUGGAUUUAUAUCGGAGACAAUUCAGGGAGUUGGAGGAGCAGUUGAAUUGGCCCCCGGGUAUUUGAAAAUGGUAUAUGAUACCGUUCGAAAGGCUGGUGGGGUAUGCAUUGCUGAUGAAGUUCAAACCGGGUUUGGACGAACCGGAAGUCACUAUUGGGGAUUUGAAACACAAGGUGUCAUCCCUGACAUAGUUACAAUGGCAAAGGGCAUCGGCAAUGGUCUACCACUUGGAGCAGUGGUGACAACACCAGAAAUAGCUAGUGUGAUGUCUCAGAAAAUCCAGUUCAACACUUUUGGUGGGAACCCGGUUUGUUCUGCUGGUGGACUUGCUGUCUUGAGAGUUCUUGACAAAGAGAAGCGUCAGCAACAUUGUGCUGAAGUUGGCAGUCAUCUAAUUGGACGUCUGGGAGAUCUAAAAGAAAAAUACGACAUCAUUGGAGAUGUUAGAGGCAGAGGGUUGAUGGUGGGUAUAGAGCUGGUGACCGACAGGAAGGAGAAGACGCCUGCCAAAGCUGAAACGGCAGUCUUAUUUGAGCAGCUCCGAGAGCUUGGUAUUCUAGUCGGGAAAGGAGGGCUCCAUGGAAACGUCUUUCGAAUAAAACCACCCAUGUGUUUCUCCAAAGAUGAUGCUGACUUCCUUGUCGAUGCGUUGGACUAUUCUAUGUCAAAGCUGUGAAGAUGAUUGGAAGAACUCAAGAACGUGAACCUGCAAAACUUUUUCAUUGCAUACCGCUGUUGGUUUUAGGAAUAUCAAGCUGCGUCCUGAAGUUACGAUCCGCAUGGCUGCUUUCUGUCUCUUUCGAUCGCACGGCUGUCACUUCUAUAAUCGACCAAAUUGUCCUUGAGAGCUUACUUGUUCAAUGAAUGUUUAGUCUUUUUCAUUGCAUACCGCUGUUGGUUUUAGGAAUAUCAAUACUUUGUUUGUAGACUGUAGUUGGGUUAGUUUUACAGCCAAAAUCCACCCGACCCACCCAAUAACUACCCCUAUAAAUCGGUGUCAUUUUGACCGGUUCAACGGGGUACAAUCGGUGUAGGGUGCCAAACCGGCUAUAAGCGUCUGGUUUGUAAUUUUG